GUCAAGGGCAGGACGCGACCCAAAGAGGUGGUCGCCAUCUAAAGCCUUGUUUAAAAUCCCAACUUCAUACGCGACCACGUACUGGGCCCGUUCAAGACACAGACCUUCGUGAUUACUGGCUCUUCUCAGGUAACUAAAACAUCCACCGGGAAUGUUAUGAUAAAAGCUCCAUGUCUUAGUCUAAGGUAGAAAAUGUUAGACAUACUGAGCGGACGAGUGUUGAGGCUAGUCCUCCUUCUUCUAGCCACCGAAGGCCUUAGUUUUCUUAGUCAAGCAACAAGCGCUGAUGACACAGUGCUGCAAAGAACAGACCCAAACGACUUAAAGACGUCCGGGAAUGUGAUUAGUGAAAUGUGGAGGGCUGGGAUGCCCCAAGGUGGCUUUGAUACAUGGAACCAAGAACUACAGCGUCCUAGGAGGGACAUUCACAGGAAUCUGGAAAAGGCAUCCUCGACCCACCUCAGUUAUCCUACGAGCCUACGGUCGUCAUUCUCUCAAGGAUACAUCGACCUGGCUUCCAGAGACCCGGUCGAGGAGGGCGCUGCCACCCUUGCCUUCGUCUUCGAUACGACGGGAUCCAUGUCCGACGACCUCCUGCAGGUCAUCGACGGCGCCGAGAAGAUCCUAAAGACGGUUCUGGAAAAAUUUGAGAGGCCGAUCCACAACUACGUUCUCAUGCCAUUCCAUGACCCCGAGGUUGGCCCGUUGACCAUAACAUCAGACCCUAGAGAAUUUCAGCAGUCGCUACUGGACCUGAGGCCAUACAUCAACAGCGGCGGAGACUGUCCAGAGAUGGCUGUGCAAGCUAUCAAGAUCGCCCUGGAGAACAGUUUGCCAUCAUCUUACUUAUACGUGUUUACGGACGCCCACGCUAAAGAUUACUACAGGGUGGACGAAGUUCUGAGGCUCAUACAGAAGAAACAGUCGCAGGUUGUGUUUGUGAUGACAGGGGAUUGUGGCAACCACUCCCAGCCGGGAUACAAAGCGUUCGAGGCCAUUGCAUCCACUUCCUCUGGUCAAAUAUUCCACCUGAAUAAAACAGACGUCAAAGAGGUACUGAACUUCGUCCAGUUGUCACUCGCGAGCCGGAAAGUCAAUCUUCUUUCUCUUGACCGCGAGAGCGAUGGUCCUGGAGAAGAGUCCCUGCCCCUUUUGGUCGAUCAGACUAUUAAGGAGUUUACUGUUUCAGUCUCGGGAGAGAGACCGAAGAUCCAGAUUGUCGAUCCCCUGGGAGAGGAUGUAACGAAACAAGAAGAUCGUGUCGAAGACCUACUCGACCUCGAGAAUGUCAAGAUCGUGGGUGUCAAAGAACCUGCGCCAGGUCGCUACAACAUAUCUGUAGGGAGUGAUAGCAAGUACACGGUCAGGGCGACUGGUCUGUCCUCCAUCAAUUUUGAACAUGGAUUCUCACUGGAGCCUACCACGAAUUUCAAGGAAACCUAUCAUAGGCCUAUGAAAGGAGGGACAUCGUAUGUGGUGGUGAAGCCAGGGGAUACAACAGAAUUCGGUGACCUGUAUCGCAUUCAGAUGAUAUCCCUGGACGGCAAGACCCUACAUGACCUGCCCUUGACGCGAUUGCCCGGACCUGAGCAUAUUUUCAACGGGACAUCCUUCGUCGCUCCUGAAGAGUCCUUCCAUAUCAAGAUUUUUGGAAGAGACCGCAGUGGGUACCAGUUUGAAAGGAUAUCUCCUAUUGCUGUAACCUCUCAGUUACCAUUUCCUCCCGAAGUGACAUCGCUGACCCAAGUUCACGGUUACUUCGACAGCCCUGUUAGGAUCUCCUGUCACGUCCAGACCCUCGUUCCCUUCAGUGUCUCCUGGCAAAAGGACGGCGUCGAACUCACGGCCGAAGAGAAUUUCCCCCAAUCAGCGGAAGUGGAAUACAUAGUGGAAUCUCCGCGUCGAGAUGAUGAAGGGCGGUAUACAUGCGUCGCCAGAAAUGUAGCCGGAAGUGCUUCUUCAACCAUUUUUCUCGAUAUGAAAGAGCCACCCCCACAAAUAGCAGCCCCAGCCAACGCGUCUCUUGCUCCAGGGAGGCCAGCUGCCUUGUCAUGUGACGUCACUUCCACAGUGGCCUUUAAUCUGACCUGGUCGCGUUACAUCAUCCACGGUCAGGUGGAGGAUUUCUUCGGACGCAUUGAAACGACCGGUGAGUUUGUCAACAUUGAGGGAAUGACUGGUUACCGAGCACUGCCCAACAAUUCUCUUCUUAUAGAGGAAGUUUCCUCUGAGGAUGAAGGAUGGUUUCGUUGCACAGCUGCAAACGAAGGUGGAAGAAGAGCCCGGGAAAUCCACGUCUCCGUCCAGUCGCCUCCGGAGAUUUCCGUUGUACCCGAACGCGCUCGCUUCAAGGCUGGAGACGAAAUCAGCAUUUCCUGCAUCAGCCGGGGAUUCCCCAGGCCUCGGGUCGAGUGGUGGAAGGGCGACGUCAUAUUGACGGGGAUGCCCGGUCGCGUGACAGCUGACGAAGGGGAUCAAGUCCUACAGAUCAGUAGGGCACAGCCUGACGAUGCUGGGCAGUACACCUGCAAGGCCUAUAACUCAGCUGGUGUAGAAGAAGCAGAUGCCAUAUUGGCAUUCAUGGAAGCUCCGCGCGUGACGGCAGAAAAGGAGGUAGUGCUUUCUGGAAAUGGAGAUACGGCAAUCCUAUCGUGCAGCAUUGAAGGAACGCCAACGCCAUCUGUUAAGUGGUUAAAAGACGAUGUUCAUGAAGUGGCACAGCUGUCAUUUAUAGAGGUGAAUGGCGGAACUCUGAAAAUACUGGGGGUCCAGGAGAGUGAUGCUGGAAAAUACACUUGCCAGGCUUCUAAUGCUGCUGGCACUGAUCAGGCUGAUGUCGUCCUGAAGGUUGGAUCACCUCCAACAGUCGUCCAGAAACCGACUGACACCGUGGUCGAAAUCGGCACUCCUGGAGGACUCUCCUGUUACGGCGUAGGAGUUCCUGAGCCCACCAUCGUCUGGAGGAGAUCAAAUGGCAGUCCUCUACCUCCUCACUUUAGCAUGGAUAGAGAUGGUAACCUUAGAGUUAAAGCAAUCCAAGUGGAAGACGAGGGUACGUACUUGUGCACCCUUGAAAAUCAGUAUGGCAAACUGGAAAUGCCGGCAACGCUAUCUGUAUCGGGAUUACUGCCACCGCUGAUAGCAGCGCCUCCAGACCCCAACAUAAAGGCUACUUUAGAUUCGCCCAUCACAUUACCCUGCACUGUGGUCAUGGGGAAUCCUAUUCCAAAUAUAUUGUGGAUGCAUAACGGAGAACCGGUCACAACUCAGAAAGGUUCAAUCGUGAAACCCGACGGGUCCCUCAAGAUCUUCUCUGUUGCAACCAAGCACGAGGGUGAUUACGACUGUGUUGCAACUAACGUUGCAGGCAAUUCAACGCAGACGCUUCACCUCGCAAUAAUGAUUCCACCUCGACCCAAGUCGAAACGCCUGGAGGAGAAGUUGAUUGCCCUCGAAGGAGACAAUGCAAAACUCAAGUGUCCAGUCAAAGCCAAUCCUCGCCCAGCGUUUUUCUGGCAGAAGAAUGGACAGUCGAUUUCCAACACGAAUACAAGAAUGCGCAUUCUACCGGACGGCAUCUUAGUCAUUCGCCGAUUAUCAAAGGAAGAUGCAGGAACUUACGUCUGUACAGCUGUUAACCUAGCCGGAGCCACGAAAAUCCCGGUUGUGUUGGAAAUCCACGUUCCUCCUUCAAUCGAGGACGACCCUGAAACUUACACCGUGAGCGAAGGAGAAGUGGUUGAAAUACCUUGCGUCGCUUCCGGUACACCUUUGCCUAUAGUGACCUGGAUACGAUUUGACCAGACCAUCAUGUAUGAUAGCACUUUGCCAGAUGGUACUCUGAGGUUGGUUGCCACAGCUGAAAACGAAGGUCGGUACGAAUGUCUGGUUACGAACGACGCAGGAUCGGCCAAACGACCGGUUACGGUUGUUAUCACAAAGAUUCCUGAAAUAUCACCACCUGGCGAUGAAACGUUAACAGUUAACGAAGGACAAGAUCUAAAGCUUCCCUGUGAGGUCAGAGGUCAUCCUUUACCUGAAGUUGUCUGGAGGACCAAAGGUUUUGAAGUAGAACCCAAUCGACAUUUGAUACCAAUGGCCGGUUACCUGAUGAUGAGGAAUGUCACUCGAGAUCUGACUGGUCGGUACACCUGCAUUGCCACGAACAGGGCUGGAGAAGCAUCGAAGACGUUCGUUAUUAAUGUCAAUUACCCUCCAUCACCUGAGGUAAAUAAUCCUGAAGGAGAGAAGCUAAGCGUGGUGGAAGGAGGCAGGAUAAUCCUUCCGUGUCCUGCCCAGGCAAAUCCUGCUCCUACCAGGGAAUGGACGAAGGAUGGUCACCUUCUCGUUGCGAAGGAUAAUGUAAAAAUUCAAGAAGACGGCGAACGCGUUGAAAUUUACCGAACAGGAUUACCAGAUAAUGGCAACUAUACCUGCAGUAUUUCAAAUACCCUUGGUUACACAGACAUCAACUAUAGCGUCCAGGUGCUCAUUCCUCCUAAAGUAUCUUCGACGAAAGUGUCAAGUGUUCCAGUCGUCAUCGAGGGAGAAAGUGUCAGAAUAAAUUGCCCGGUGGACGCAGUUCCGCUGCCCACCAUUACUUGGCUUAAGGACGGUAUAUCAAUAUUUUCCACCAAAGAUCGAGCUGACAUGACGCAUAUUGUGAUUGAAGAUAGCGGCCAGACGCUUCAUAUUCUCGAGGCAACGGCAGAUGACCAAGGGAUAUACAGGUGCGUGGCCACCAACGACGCUGGGGAGACUGACCUGCUCUUCCCUCUAGAGGUCCUUGUAGCCCCGCAGUUCAACCAAUAUUUCCACCAACCUAAUGUUGUCCUUAACAUUGGUGAUACACUGGAUCUAGAUUGUGAGGCCAGCGGUGAUCCGGAACCACAGGUGUCAUGGAUACUUGAUGGACUGCCCAUGUAUGCCCAUGUAACACCUGGAGGAAAAAGGGUGUUCAUACCAAGGGUGAGGUUGGGUGAUGCUGGACAUUACAUGUGCGACGCCAAAAACACGGCUGGCAGCACCCACAGGAACUUCACUGUCACUGUCCUGAUGGCACCAGUGGUCGAUGAAAUCGGAGGAGUAGGUUUAGGAGGUGGUGCAGGAGGAGGAGGAGGGUCAGCAGGUGGCAGCAGUGGAACAGUGGAGGCUGUGGCAGGUGGGGAUGCCCAGUUAUGGUGUAGGACAACAGGUUCGCCAGUACCUUCCGUCACGUGGACGAAAGAACAGAGAGAGCUCUCGACUAUUGCUGAACUGGACCACAGCAUAGAGGAGAACGGUCAGUUACUGAAACUCCACAGCGUCGAUCACUCUACGUCUGGUCUCUAUCUUUGCAAUGCCACCAACAGUGUAGGAACAGCAACCAAGCAGUUCAACUUUACUGUUAUGAUACCGCCAAAGAUAUCCGGAUGGGGAGACAGCGAUGGAGACACGGUGAAUGAAAUUGAAGUUAUAGCGGGGAAAGACGUCAUCCUGUUCUGUCCGGUGGAAGGCAACCCAAAGCCCUCCAUUACUUGGCUCAGGGAUGGUCAAGCCCUCAGUACACACCCAAGAAUUCACUUCACUUCACCCAACGAGCUCCUGUUGACCAACUCUCAGGCUGCAGAUUCUGGCAACUAUGCUUGCUUGGCUACAAAUCGCGCAGGCGCCGACGAGAAGCAGUUUGAAGUCCAAGUGAUUGUUCCUGCCAAGAUUAACCUAGGGGUGCCAACUGGACGUGCCCCAGACACACCACCUUCUCAAGAGGUGCUGGUGGAUAUGCCCUUCUCGCUCUACUGUCCAGCUGAGGGAUUUCCUCAUCCUCACAUAAUUUGGACAAAGGACGGGGCCCCACUGAAAGGACUCUUGGGAACCGGUCUAGACGGGCGCGUGGAAGCUGGAGACAGCGGCCGUCGGCUCAUGGUAUCGGGAGCUGUGGUGUCCGAUUCCGGCACUUACACUUGUCUCGCUGAGAACCAGGGAGGAUCGGACUCUGUCCAUUACAACGUCACUGUUCUAGUUCCCCCAAUGAUCCGUCAAGACACGGAGACCUUCCACUCGAGCAUCGAGGGCGAGAAUGUCACCCUGAGGUGUGAGGUGGAGGGUGACCCCCCACCUGCCAUCGUGUGGCUCCUAGACGGCCUCGACUUGCAAGCCUUGGCGUUGCCAGGUCUCACAGUUGAGCGGCAAGGGACCCACGCGUCCGUCAUCCAAAUUUCGCCAGUCAGUGAGCAACACACAGGGAUGUUCACUUGCAUAGCGAGCAGCAUGGCUGGGUCGGACGAACUUAAUUACAACGUGAAAGUGGCCACUCCCCCAAAAAUCACCGAUGACCUCGCCAGCAGGGAUAUCGUGGUCAGGGUUAAUCGACCAGCGACCUUAACGUGUCAUGUUGAAUCGACUCCAAAGCCUCAGAUAUUUUGGUUCAAGAAUGGGAGUCCCAUAGAUGAAAUGGAUGCCAACAUUCACUUGAGCACGAGCGGUCGUGACCUCAAAAUUCUUCAGGUCACUGAGGUGGACAGUGCCAACUAUUCCUGUCUAGCAAUCAAUGAGGCCGGGGCCACUUCCAUCAACUUCACGCUGGAAGUCCAUGUCCCACCAAGGCUAACCGCCACUGUUGAUGAAACAGUUCAUGUCGUAGCUGGAGAAGAUACCGAACUCUUCUGUCCAGUGCAAGCAACGCCAACGCCAUCUAUCCUUUGGAUGAAAGAUGCUACUAUCCUCCAGCACACUUUUACAUCCGAGGAUCCAAGACGCUUACUGCUGAAUGACGUCACAAAGGACGACGAUGGACGGUAUACCUGUCUGGCCACUAAUGAAGCCGGAACUACAGAACAGGACUUCAUGCUGCGCGUUAUGGUACCUCCUCGGCUCUUAGACCUUGAUACACCUGUCAUGGAGAAAACGGUGGUGCUAAAUCGAGCCGUUACCAUCACCUGCUUUAUCACAGCCGAUCCUCCACCUGUCAUCACCUGGCUCAAGGAUGGUAGAAAUCUCACCACCAUUGAUUCUGGAGUCACGGUUGAUAACAAGGGGCGCAGGGUUAACGUGGCCCGAGCUCGGCCAAUCAACGCAGGGAAUUACACCUGUUUAGCUACAAAUGCGGCUGGGACAACGGCUCUUACGACGCUGCUUACGGUUCUGACACCACCUGCCUGGAAUGAAGAAGCCGAAUUCGAGCCUGAAGUUGUUGGAGUGGCAGGAGAGGAGCUUCACCUUUAUUGUGACGUAGAGGGGACCCCUACCCCCUCCAUACUAUGGUUGAAAGAUGGGCAGGUCAUCACGAAUAUCUCGGAAGAGGUCAUAAUAGAGGAGAAGGACAGACUCCUCCGAAUCCUCUCUGUGGACGGCGAAGAUGGAGGCAGGUACACAUGUAUCACGAGCAACGCUGCUGGCACCAACGAAUACGACUUUGAGGUGACGGUUUUGGCCAUGCCCACCCUCACAUACCAACCCAAAACAGAACACACAGUGCUGGUGAACCGCGCCGUAUCUCUCGAGUGUCCGGUUGAGGGGUCACCUGAACCGGAAAUUGAGUGGAUUGUGGACGGCCGGACCGUCGGCGAGUCCGAACAUUUCAUGAGACUGACAGGAACCCGAAGACAACUUCAUAUACUAAGAACGGCUCUCCUUUAGAAGUACGACGUGACCCUUUCGUGCACAUCACAUCAGGAGGAGAACUCUUGAGUUUCUUGCGAGUUCUUCCUCAUCACACAGACAACUACACCUGCGUCGCCUCCAGCGCUGCCGGCGAGGACUCCCUCACGUAUUCCCUGCAGGUCAUGGUACCACCCGUGAUCAUCGAGGACAUGGUAGAGAACAGCGUGGGCGGAGGACUGGGUGGAGAAACAAUGGGCAUUGUAGGAGGUGAGGUCGACCUCGAAUGCUACACCUUGGGCACCCCGACGCCCGUACUCACAUGGACGAAGAAUGAGGAGGUAAUAGAGACGGACGACCGGAUUCUUCUCCUGGAGGAGAAUCAGGUACUGAGGCUGACGGCGGCGCAGAAGGAGGACUCCGGGAGGUACACCUGCACGGCGACUUCACCCUCGGGCUCGGCUUCAAGGGACUUCGUCGUCAUUAUACACAGCCCUCCGAGGAUUAUCCCUCCGCUGAACACCAACGUCGAGGUGAUAGUCAAUCAGCCUUUGGUUCUGACCUGCGAAGCCGAGAGUUCCCUUGAGGCAGCCGCGUCGUGGACUAGACAUGGCCGACCUAUUCUCCAUUAUAGUGACCCCAAUUUACAGGUGAGGAAAAAUGGUGAGGAGCUGAACAUCCUCAGGGUUCGUGAAGCAGACGGAGGUCCAUUCACCUGUGUUUCAAUUAACACAGCCGGCCAUGAUACUUUAACUUACACUUUAACCGUUCAAGUCCCAGCAGUGAUCGAGCGAGCCAAUCUCCGCCAGCAAGUGACAGCGAUUGAAGGACAAGACAUUGAUUUGACCUGUGAUGCAUCAGGAAGCCCCACUCCUUCUGUGUCCUGGUACAAGGGAACUACUCUUAUUACACCGGAGCAUCCACAUUUCAAGAUUCAAAACGAAGGUGAGAAGAUUCAAAUCCUUUCGGUGAAAAAUACGGACGAAGGAUUCAUUUCCUGUUCUGCGGCGAAUCCUGCGGGAAAGGACUCUGUCAAUUUCACGAUUCAAGUCUUAGUGCCGCCCGUCAUCAGCAAGGAGGCCAAAACGGAAGUAUCAGUGAUGGAAGGGGAAAGUGUCGUUUUAGAGUGUCCAGUCAAUGCACAUCCAGAACCCACCAUCAUAUGGACAGUAGAAGGAGCAGUGGUGGGCGUAGGAGGGCGUGGAAAUAUUGACGUCGUGGGCGAUGGUCGCACCCUCAGAAUCGCCCAUGUUGGAAGCGACAAUUCGGGUGUCUACACGUGCACAGCGACCAACGCUGCUGGCAUAACGGACAUUCCUAUUACGCUUGUGGUGUUGGUUCCUCCACAAAUCGAAGGUGGCGAAAGAAGCGGACACCAGAGGGAAGGCGAAGAGGAGCUGAUCACCGUCAUGGAAGGAGGGCAUGCCUCCCUCGAGUGCCACUUGGUCAAAGGGUCACCCAAACCCACCAGAAAGUGGCUCGUAGGACCCGAUCUUAUUGAGCCCAUGCAUCCGGUCAUCAAUGACGGGGAAAAACUCUUAAUCACAAGAUCCGCCGUAACUGAUGCUGCCCAAUACAAGUGUGUUGCCGAAAACUCUGCAGGGACGGACAAGAAGAUUGUUAGAGUUGUUGUCAACGCCCCACCCAGAGUCAAUACUACAGCUCUUCUGGGACCUUUCAAAGUAUCCUCCCCAGGAGGCGCAGACGUCACCCUCCUGCCUCCUGAUGGACGUCCUUACCAUUCCUCCGUCAGCACUACCAUUACCACGACGGAGGACCAGACCAUUUCCAUCCCAUGCCCUGUGACAGGGUUCCCAAAACCCCGCCGCCUUUGGUACCGCGGUUCCCAGUCGCUUGUUUCGUCGGUCAGAAUGAACGUCGGGGUCAGCGGCGGGCAAAACCUGACCAUCGCUGGUGUGACGCCAAGGGACGCUGGGGACUACGUCUGUGUCGCCGUCAAUCCUGCCGGAGAGACGCAGUUGACGACAACUCUGGAUGUCAUAGGUCGACCCGUUUUGGAAGGUGAACCUGAGGAAGACGUCAUGGUAGUCAAAGGUCAGAGAGUUGUCCUCCAAUGUAAGGUCAAGAGACCGAGCGUGUCAACCCUCGAAGGUGGACCUCGACAUGUCGAGUACAAUAUCACAUGGAAGAAGGACGGACGCGUCCUGCAGUUCCGCGGAAGGGAACUGCCCUCAGUUACUCAACUAGAACACGAAACCCCGACGAGAUUGAUGGGCGAAAGAACCGACUCCAGCUUCUACAGCAACGACUAUCUCGGCAGCGACUACUUCAGCGACUACCUCGGCGAGUACAGCUAUCCUGAAGGAGACAAACCCGAAGGUGGUCCAAGCGGCCUGAACCCCUUCAACUAUUUCAACAACAUCCUUGACAACAACCUCUUUUCUCGCACGGAAAAGAAUAAUUUGUCUUUCUCUGAGGCACAAAAUGGCUCCCUGCUAGAAUUCAAUUUGGAAGGUAAUGACCUGAACUUGGAGAGUCUUACUCCUUCGACUUCUCCCUCCCCAGCCAUAUCCUUUUCUUCGUCGCCUCCGUCGUGGUACGAGAUGUCGAAUGAUCUGAGUCAGCUGACGCUUCCAAAGGUCAGCAUGAAAGAGGAGGGACUGUACACUUGCGAGGUCACUAAUGAAGCAGGUAUCUCUAAGAGGACCUUUAAGGUAGACACUUUAGUGCCACCAGACAUAGAUGGAAUCCAGGAGGUCAAAAUUCACGAGGCAGCCAUUGGGGAACCAGUUGUCUUUGAGUGUGAUGCUAUUGGAGAUCCCCCUCCCCAGGUCACUUGGUACCGGGGAGCAAAGCAGGUUAAACCACACUCUCGUCUCCAGUUGUUGGAGGACGACCACGUUCUCAUUAUCACUUCCAUUCAGGAGAAUGAUGGUGGGGAAUAUACCUGCUUGGCGACAAACCUAGCUGGUAUCACUGAGGAAACUUUCCACUUGCAAGUUCUUGUGCCCCCAAAAAUGGCUGGAACGGAGGAACCCUCCUCCUUCCAGGUGAUCAGCGGCAGAUCCGUGAAACUGGAAUGUCACGUCGAAGGAGGAUUUCCUACGCCAGAGGUCGUCUGGAGGUUCAAGGACGAGGUCGUGGUCCCUGGGUCGAACUUUUAUAUCCAGGAUCAUGACCUUAUUAUCGACAGAGUGACCGUCGAUCUAGCUGGGCAGUAUCAGUGUGAAGCGAGCAACAGCGUGGGUAAAGCUACCAAGAGAUUUAAUGUGGAUGUUACAGAGGCGCCCUUCAUAGCUGGUGGCUCCAGUGUAGAAACAGUGACUGUGGUGGAGGGUGAAACCGCAGAGUUUAACUGUCUCGCUUCAGGCCAGCCAGAACCAGUCAUGUUCUGGUUUAAGGAAGGAUCCGGCAUCAGGAUCGACGACAACGUGGGCGUGUCCGUCGGAGGAAAGACGCUUCGAAUCGACGUCGUUGAUCGCGACGACUCGGGGAUAUACACCUGCUUCGCCUCCAACCUCGCAGGGAAUCACUCCAAGGACUACUUCCUGCAGGUCUUACAACCUCCCCAACUGUUAGAUGCACCGGAUGAAAUCCUAGCUGUGUCGGGUGAAAUGGUCAAUCUUAUUUGCUCCUUCACAGGAUUUCCCAGUCCAAAAGUCCAUUGGUACUUCCAAGGAGCACCUCUGCCGCCUGCGGAAGACAGCCUCGUACCUUCAGGAGGGCUCCAAGUGUCACCCGUGCGUCCUGAGCACGUCGGGAAUUAUACCUGUGUCGCUGAAAAUGAAGCUGGGAAAGCUAAUCACACCUUCCCUCUCACAGUACAAACACCUCCUGGAGUGGAAGCGGGCAAGGAGACGGUGGUGGUUGUCAGCGGUGAAUCGACCACACUUCAUUGCUAUGCCUCGGGGUCACCCACGCCCACGAUAACCUGGCUCAAAGCACAUCAGGUCAUUAGCCCCGGACCAGAGUUCGAGUUCAAGGCGCCUGGUACCCUUCACCUGCCUAAGGUGACGCCCGAUUUGGCUGACACCUACAUCUGCACCGCCCGUAGUCCUGCAGGAGUAGCCCACGCCUACACCGUCCUCGUAGUACAAGAAUCGCCCUCCGUCUCUGCUGGGCAGGAGGAGGUCAUAGGAAUUGUGGGCAAAGAGGUGCGUCUGAGGUGCCAAGUUUCAGGUACCCCCGUGCCCGUUAUCACCUGGGCAAGGCCCGAUCGUGGAGGGCAGUCUGUGACGCCUGAGGAUCCAAGAGUGCAGCUUCUCGGAUCGAGUUUACUGAUCCUUCCCGUCGCUGUGGAAGACAUGGGGAGGUACGAGUGCAUGGCUCGCAACCCGGCGGGAAGAUCUGCGGCUGAGGUCCUUUUGACUGUGCACUCGCCCCCGUCAGUAGAGGAAGAUCUGGCAGAGGCUGUGUCGGUUGUGAGGGGUGAGGAGCUGACCCUUGGGUGCACAGCAUCCGGAUAUCCAACUCCUCAAACCAGGUGGCUAAGAGAAGGGAGGAUUCUCUCUGAGACACAGAGGCUCAAGCUGACCACAAAUGGAGAGUUGGUCAUUGCAUCUAUACAGGCAUCUGAUUCCGGUCUAUACACCUGCCUUGCCUCCAACGCUGCUGGGAGGUUGUACAGAGAAGUGGUGGUCGUCGUUCAAGUUCCUCCAAGGAUGACUGUCCUUCCGAGGACUCAGGAGGUCACCAGGGGAGACAGAUUGGAACUUGAAUGUGAAGCCACGGGAGUGCCUGUUCCUUCAAUUAGGUGGCUCUUAAAUGGCACCAAGGUGACAGGUGUUUCGACCUCCAGCGGCGGCCACGGUACCCUAGUGGUUGAAAGAGCUUCCAAAACUGACGAAGGGACCUACACCUGUAUUGCCGAAAACGAGGCGGGUCACAGAAAAGCCGUUGCAGGUGUCAGGGUCAAAGUGCCCCCUGUCAUCAUGUACGCCCCCGAAGAGAUGACCGUUUUGGAAUUGAACGCCGUCACUCUGACCUGCGUUGCCGAAGGUGACCCAGCUCCUGCCACGACCUGGAUCAAGGAGGGGCAUUCUGUGCACUCGUCUGACCGCGUGCACUUGAUGGAGAACGGGUCGUUGGUGAUAGAUUCCUUGCAAGCGUCGGAUGCAGGUGAAUAUAAAUGCGUCGUAAGUAAUGAUGCUGGAGCAGCGGAGGCCACUGCUCACCUUGUGGUGCAUACGCCUCCCGUCCUCACCCGGCCACCUGUCAGUGCAGUUGUUGAAGUUGGAGGCACCAUUGUUUUCGACUGUGAGGCUGAGGGAUCCCCCGUCCCCACCAUUCAGUGGGGUGUCACCCCCGGGGAACUCCACUCCCGUUAUCUACAUCUCACGAAUGGGUCCCUCCAGUUGAUAGCCGCACAGAUGGAGGAUGAAGGUCAGGUCAUAUGCCAGGCUUACAAUGACCUCGGAGAAGAUCUAGCCAAGGCUGACCUCAGCAUCAGAGUCAACGGCAUGUGGGGAUCCUGGGGACCUUGGUCAUCCUGCAGCGUCUCCUGUGGCAAGGGGCAGCAGGAGAGGAGAAGGGCGUGCGACUCGCCCGCCCCCCGCCAUGGCGGUGCCCCUUGUAAGAGUGACGAUGCCAACGAUAGAUCGGAGACUCAUUCACGUCCACAUGACAUCCAUACCCGUCCUUGUCGACCGCAGCCCUGCCCAGUCGAUGGGAACUGGUCGCCUUGGGAUCCCUGGGGUGAAUGCAGCGUGACCUGUGGCAGCGGCGUACGCUUGAGAACCAGAUAUUGUACAGCCCCUGCGCCUUUGUAUGGAGGUCGACCUUGUAUUGGGCAAACGGUCGAGGAAGAACCUUGCAAACUUCGGGAUUGCCCAGUUUCGGGAGGCUGGGGAGAAUGGAGCGCUUGGUCCGAGUGCAGCACAACUUGUCAACAGGGCCUUCGGCAGCGUACCCGUCUGUGCGAUUCCCCAACUCCUGCAGCCGGAGGUGCCUUCUGUCAAGGAGAUGACCUGGAAGUCACCCCUUGCUCCAACGCCCCGUGUUUGCUCGACGGGAACUGGGGUUCUUGGGAGUCGUGGAGCGUCUGCAGUGCAUCCUGCGGAGGGGGCGUCCGUCGGCGUCAGCGUCAGUGUGACGACCCUCCACCUUCGAAUGGAGGGCGCUUCUGUCCAGGAUCUGAUACGCUGGAGGACUAUUGUAACCUAGAAAUGUGCCCCGUUAACGGUGGAUGGUCUUCGUGGUCAGUCUGGGGGUCCUGCACAGCCACGUGUGGAGGGGGACAGCGUCGUCGUUUCAGAAGCUGCGACAAUCCGGCGCCCUCGCAAGACGGCAGAGCCUGCACGGGACCCGAUACGGACACAGAGGCCUGCAACAGUCAUAAAUGCCCAGUGUCUGGUUCCUGGGGAUCGUGGGGCGAAUGGUCCCCUUGCAGCAUGACGUGUGGCAUUGGUGUGAGAGUGAGAACCAGACGUUGCAACGCUCCAUACCCUAGGUUUGGCGGUGCCCCGUGUCCAGGAGAGGACAGAGAGACUUCCACCUGCGAAGGAUCAACCUGCGAAGUAUUACCCGUCGUGGCUCGGGGCACACUGAUGGGAGAGUUGAAUGGAGAGGACCUUGGCAUAGUGACCUUGGUUGCUAACGUCUCCACGCUGGGCAUGCAGCGAACCGUGACGGCCAAUAUAAGUCCCCUCAUUCCUAAGCACGGAACCUGGAUAACACCUUUAUUGUCUGUUCUUUCACCUGUCUAUUGGACGGCUGCCUACGAGGUCAACGGAGCUGUCAAUGGGCACACCCUUACAAAAGGCUUCUUCAGGAGGGAGGCGCAUGUGGCCUUUGCGACGGGUGAGACGGUGGACAUGACCCACGUCGUGCGUGGCGUGGAUUCCAGCGGGACUCUUUUGGUAGAUGUUGUUGUGACAGGCCAAGUUCCUUACCUGCCCCCAGGGUCACAAAUCACCCUUCAACCUUACACGGAGGACUACGUUCAGACGGGGGGAGGGUCCCUAUUUGCCACGUCGACUCGGACCUUCUCUGUUGGGGAUUACCUUCUGCCCUACGCCUGGAAUCAGACCAUCUCAUACGACGCGGAGCUGGGUAACAUGCCCUUCCUGGUUGAGACUCUCCACGCCAAUGGCAUAGGAGCUUCAUACAGCAACACCCAAGGAGAGCUGAAUUUAAUCGUGUCGACCUCGAUCGCUCCUGGGUCCCCCAAUGGUACAUGCCCUUCGGGUUUCACCCUGGAGGCGUCUGGACCCUUCUGCAGAGACAAUGACGAGUGCCUCGAGUCCACGAGUCGUUGUUCCCAUGGCUGCGCAAACACCCUGGGAAGUUACGCCUGCACCUGUACGGAAGGGUAUACCUUGGGACCAGAUGGGUACACCUGUCAAGAUGUCAACGAAUGUGAAAUGCCCGGAGUAUGUGGUCCCAGAGAACAGUGUGACAAUACGCCUGGAUCGUACACCUGCACCUACACCUGUGCGGAAGGUUUCAGAAGGACGAGUUCUGGAACAGCAUGUGAAGACAUAAAUGAAUGCCAAGAGGAGCCGAAGGUAUGCGACCAGACUUGCUUGAACCUGAUUGGUGGAUACAGGUGUGACUGUCGUCGAGGCUUCAGGCUGGUUGGCCAGAAUCAGUGCGUUGACAUUGAUGAAUGUGCUCAGUUUCGGUCUCCGUGUAGUCAUGGAUGUGAAAAUACCAUUGGCUCAUUCAAGUGCGCAUGCCCAGAAGGGCACUCACUCUUACCCAACGGGAGAUGUAAAGAUAUAAAUGAAUGUGCCAUUCAUAGCCAUGAUUGUCUAGACGAACAAGAGUGUCAGAACACGGAAGGCUCCUACAGGUGUAUUACUCAUUGCCCUCCGGGACUCAAGCAAUCAGGAAAUGGGACUUGUACAGAUAUCGACGAAUGCGCCGAGCAAGUGUCCGGAUGCCACUACACCCAGUUGUGCUCGAACACCUGGGGAUCUUACAGGUGCUCCUGCAGCAGAGGUUUCAGGUCGUCUGGUCCAGGUCUUCCUUGUCUGGACGUCAACGAGUGUUUGAGCACCCCUUCGCCUUGCAGUUAUCACUGCCGAAAUCUACGUGGGUCCUACGAAUGCAUUUGUGGCCCAGGCCAGAAGAGGCUGCCCGAUGGAAAAUCCUGCGUUGGGCUACAGUAUGUAGAGGAACCACGUGCCCGCUCUUCCUUCCCACGCCGUGCCCGGCCGGCGCCCUCUGGGUAUCCUACGUCAGAGUUCCAGGAGCAACUCCUUCAUCAGUUUUAUGCUGAGAUGAGCUGCCCCAAAGGAUUUGUUCUCGAGGAUAAUGAAUGCAAAGAUGUCAAUGAAUGUGCCUUACCGGAGAGAUGUCAGCAUCGAUGUGAGAACACGAAUGGAAGUUAUAUAUGCCUUUGUCCGCCUGGCUACAGAUUAAAUUUCAAUCAACGGACGUGUGAUGAUAUCGACGAGUGUGUGGAGCAGAACGUGCAGUGUGGAAGGGACAAACUCUGCUUCAACCUCAGGGGAUCUUACAAAUGCAUACCAGCCCCUUGUCCGCCUGACUACCAAAGGGAUCCUUUGACCGGGAAUUGUAUUCUGGAUUGCACACGUGGCCACAGUAGCUGCCCUCCUGGAGUGAGCUACGCCCACAUCCUGGCCUUCAAAACGGCUUCUUUGCCGGCGGGCAUUCACGCCCAUCAGGACUUAGUCAGACUUAUGGCUUACGAUCAGGCCGGCAACCUAGUUCCGCAGACCCUCUUCACCAUCAUUGAAAACGAUACGGGGAUACAGUUCAGAAUUCGUCCAGAGAAUGGCAAAGGAAUCCUUCGUACGUUACAGCCACUUACAGCUGGCAGGGAAUACAGGAUGGUGGUUGAGGCUGUGUCCUACGACGAGUUCGAGCGUUUUGUCAAGUACUCCACGAGGUUCAUCAUUUUCCUCCACAUUUCAGAAUAUCCCUAUUAAAGUGUUCUUAAAAUACAUACAAUGAGACGUACUUUAAACGAAUAACAUCAGUUUCCUCUUAAAAAGAUCAAAACAUUCUUGAUUUAUCUUAAGGGAUUACCGUCUGUUCACCUGCACGUAUGAGAAAAAAAAACAAAGAUACUAAAGGUCUUUCCGGGAAUAAAUUAGAGAUAUUGUAAGGGAGAAAAAUAAGGGAUUAAUGGACUUUUGAAGCCCAGUCAAACUACCUGGGUAGCCAUAUAAGGACUCGACGGUGGCGGAGAGGUAAGAAUCCCUUCAUCACGACGCGAAUUAUUGCAAGACGGGCGAGUCACCUUUGCAGAUCCGGGGAAUUUUUAUUCUCGUGUUCAUCUUGAUUAGAAAAUGGUCUUUUCAAUCAGCUCAGAUGAACGAAGUUAAUAAUGAAGGUUUCUUCUUCAGUGGUUUUUCGGUGUUGCUUCCGACUAUGCUCCCUUUCGGGUUUCAAGGCCAUGCGUUCUUCUUGUUAAGUAUUUUGUAGUGAAAAUAUCUUCUUCCAUUGAAAAAGAAUGAGGAUUUUAUACCUGUUUCUCCCUUUCACGGAGCUUCCUACCUUGGUGCUUAAAAAAAAAUUCUGGAGCUUUCCUAGAAAGUGACCCCCUAGGAUUUUCGGGGGUCGUUAUCUAGGACUAAUAUUUCUUUCUUGAUGAUACUAUUUACAGCCUUUUGUUUAUGUUUUACCGGUAGUCCCCAACGGCCUUGUACUAAACACGCCGGAGAGGUGGAUAUGUACCAAAAACCCUUAGGGUCAUUGUUUAAGAAGGUCCGAAAUUUUUACAAUGUCUACAAUAUCAUGAAAAUAAAUGCUACAUGUUAUUCAAUGCUGCAAAAUAAUUUUAACAGUCCCUAAUGAAUCAAUUAUAAACUGAAUAUCGUUAAAAUGUUUAGUUUAAACUGCUUCUUUUCCUGGCCUCAUGACAAAAUAACCAAACUGUCUCACGUUAACAAUUUCCAAAACCUACCAGUUGGUUCGGUACUAUCAUGUUAAUUUCCAUUUAAGAACUCAAGAUUGGAAUUACUGCUUAAGAAGUUUUUUUACAUUUCUUCUUCAUCUUCUACUUCUCCUUCUUUGAUAAUAGGGCGGCGCGCACAAUCGUCUGGAAAACAAAAGCUCCAACACAACAACCGUGAUCAGCAAAAUCUGAUCGUCAGAAGCCACUUCAAGGUGACACAUCUUUCGUCGAGUCUUUAUUUGCAGAUCUUUUAGUUUUUUAUCUCCACAGAAAAAAUGGUGACUCAAGUUUUCUUGUCUGCAACGUCGUAGAGUUUGAUUUAUCAUUCAGCUCAAUUAGCUCUUCAUGAGGCAGAAUUUUGUAGAAAGCCCUUUCUUAUUUCCCCACGUCAAGAGAGCCGUUUCUCUACGUCGGGUCACUUCGCUUAACCAGACAACCUAACCACUGUACAAGAGCUCGAUCACUCUUUCCCUAUCAUAAAUUACAACAGGCAACUCCAAAUGACCUCACAUCCUGCUCAUAUGUAGAAAGAGGAGUGUCAGACAGUUCAUCAUACAAGUACUUAAAACAAUAACCUGUAGCAGCUCUUCAAAUACCAGAGCAUAUUCAUAUUAUAAGAAAUUGCUGAGUCUGUCGGGAUUGGGUACAGGGAUUGGUUAAUCCAUUGUCUCACUUACUCUAGAAUUUAUUUAUAAUCAUAACAGUUUAAGGUAAUGCCUUUAGUAACUAGUCUUCGGGUUUCUCUUUACCAUGAAGUUCGUCCUUUAAUGCUACUCUUCUCUUUAUCUCACAUUCCGGAUACGCUGUAGAUAAUGUUUACGUUCUUCCGUGGUUUGUCGAUGUUGUGUUUAAAAACCAAAUAAAUAGACAGAGGUUUCUUGUGAAUCUCCCGAAGA